GAAGCACCGCGCGAGCUGUAUUCGGUCAUGCUUCAGGAGUUGUUUUUGGCUUUCUCGCGCGGCCGGCCCUGUCGCAAGUCGCUGAGGGUCUGGCCGAAAGUCGCCACUUUCCUGGCGUCGGUUCCUUUAUUUGCCUAUUAUCAUAUAGUUGGGCCCAAAUGACCGCAAGCGGGCUACCUUGAAGUGGGGGUAGCCCGAAUCCUAACGAAUUGCGGACCCGGCAAACAUGUCCGCAUGCCCACCCACGCGCCAACGAGGCGCCCCGUGACCGGCCAGCGAGCUCCUAGCAUGCCUGAACGGGCACACGUAUGGAACAAGCAGGCAUGGGCAUUUGUACGCCCGCCGCGCGGGCGCCAGGCCCGUCCGUGUGCUCCUCGGCGUGUGGGGUGGCCGGACGCCCGGCCACCGUGUGGCCCGGCCGUGUUCAGUUCUGGAGUCCCGACAGCCGUUAUAGCAUGCCAGCUACCUUGAUGGAGCUCACGGGGUCCAAGUCAAAGCCCGAGCGGGCAUGCGACUACGUGCGGGAGGGCGGCGCCCUGCUGGUGCAGGAAAUCAUGGCGGGGCGAGAGGGGUGGCUGCAGGCGGACCUGAGCGGCAAGGCAAGAAUGCUGCUGGAGAUUGCCGCACUGGAGGGCGCUCCCACACCGGGCACCCUCGCAGCAAACAACCCCACGUACAACUACGCGGUUCGCGCUUUUGAGGAUGCCGCACAGGAGCUGACCAACAAGGCCGUGGCGCAGCAGCUGGCAGAGGCGCGGGCGCAGGCGCAGCAGCUGGCAGAGGCGCAGGCGCAGGCGCAGCAGCUGGCAGAGGCGCAGGCGCAGGCGCAGCAGCUGGCAGAGGCGCAGGCGCAGGCGCCGGCGGUACAGGGGUGGUCACCCGAAGACCAACAGCCUGGCGGCUCGGCUGGGCCCCCGGAGUACGUGCCGGCUACAGAGCUCACUGAGGCGGGCAGUGAUGCCGGCACCGACACGAUGCAGGACACAAAGCAGCUCGGCGCCGCCAGUACCCGCACCAGCGAGCCGCCUGCACGUCGCGUACCUGCUUCUUUGACCCAGCAGCGUAUGGCUGGGGAGGUCAGCAACAGCGGCGCAAGCGGUGACACAUGUGGGCGCACGGUAGCAGUCAGCGGCAUAGAUGGCAGCUCGAGUGGGCGCGCAUGGGCCAGCAGCGGCGCAGCCAGUGGUUCGCUGCCGGCACCACCGGCCAGGGCAGCGCAGAGGAGCAGUGCACGGUUGGCCGCACCGCGUGGUCAACGCAACGUAACGGGACCGGGCCAGGAGCCGAUUGGCGCGCGCCCUGCCAAGAAGAAGAGGCGGCCGCCCAGCCUGGAGCAGCUGCCCAGCCCAGAAAGGUCCGAGGAUGCGGCGCCGCCUGCUGCCCGUGACGAGGCCACCACCGAGAUUUACCGGUGCGAGGUCAAGGAGGUGCCACCUGCGCUGCUGUGCGGCCUGGGCCUUGCCGCCGUGCGUCUGCCGGCAACGCUUACAAGGCUGAUCAACCCUCGCCUGAUCGCGGAGCUGGCGUCGCUGGCGGACAAGCGCGGAGAGCAGAUCUUCCAGCGCAUCUCGGCACUGCAGGGCGUGCAGACGGAGAUCCGGAUGAGCGUGGGGACGGGCCAGCGGGUUCAGGUGCUGUGGAAGGACCUCGCGGGCAGCGCUGGGCUCCUGGCGCUCUGCGACAAACUGCGACCGUUGCUGGAGGAGGUCGUGACAGCGGCAGACCCGAAGGGUGAGCUGGGGCUGCACCUGGAGGACGCCGUGCUGCUGGCGAACCUGCCCGGCACUCGUCCGGUUGCCGAGCAGGUGCCCCACCACGACAUGGCGCCAGGGGAGCCCGGGUGGUUCAUCAUGCUCGCCCUCCAGCCGGCAAGCCUGCUGGUGGCGCAGGCCAGCCAGCACGAGAUCCUGCUGUGGGGCCGCGCGUACACCGCAGCAAAGGAGGCGGGCCGGACUGCAGCUGUGCUGAAGGACCUCUGCGCCAGCACCCCCCAUCGGCGGCUGGUGCGCCUGCAGCUGCCGGUGGGGUAAAAGCUUGUCCCCUUGACAUAUGAACAGUUUGUGUGGCAAGGUUGUCACGACCAGGAACUGGAGCGAGAUCGGAGAUGGGCCAGGGCGGGCCCCCUGACACCUCAGCACUGUUUAGUCCAGAAGUUCCCGGUUCUAAUUAAGCCUACUUUUUGGUGGUAGUUGUGACAUCAGUAUCUGACACCGUGCGGUUGUGAAGGUGGGGGUGGGUGGGGGCAGCAGUUGUUUGUUUGCUGCAAUCGCACGUCCAUGGACGCGACUCUAAACUACUGGUUCUACGGACUGAAACUGUGUGAGAAUCAAGAAGCCACUAGCAAAGCUUAAAGUUACAGGAAUUACUAUGUUGGCGGGCGGCCCUCCUUUGGGCUGGCCAUCCGAAUCAAUCGGCCUGUCCGAAAUGGGCCGCCCAGGCCUCUGGGCUGGGCGCCCAGACUGCCCCUCCCAUCCGAACCUACCGGUCCGAACUUUUCGGACUGGCUUCGGACCAGCUUCGGACCAGGUUCGGACGGCAAACCCCGGUUUCGGACGCCUUGGUUUUCCCCGAGUGAUACUGAGUACUAAGCACCCCUGGUCACUGGCUCCACGCAAGCCGGGGCACACAGGCAGCAGCCAAUCAACCGACUGCCACACCUGCACACCGGACCAGGCGGCCGUACACACGGGAGGAGGGUAGGAAAUCCGAAAAGUUGCCGGUGGCCUCUGGUUGUAAGGGUGAGCCGGG